AUGCCACCAUACGGCUAUGAAACAGAAAACAUAUCACGAGACAGAAGCGUAAAGUUAAUCAGAAAAGCGUUGACAUGUUCUGACGCUCCUCUUGCCGAUACAGAUGAAGAUUUGGUCAUAUGGUGGAUAUCUGGUACCAUUGAAAUUUGUUUGUUCCGUGCAUUCAACAAAGGACGUCAACAACUGACAGAAGAAUACAAGCAUGCUGUGAUGACUCGAGUCCUAAAUAUAAAUACCAAUCCUGAUUUGCGAAAGAAGAUAUUAUUGCGACAGAUUGACCCUGAGGAAUUUAGCCGAAUGACUUCUGAACAAAUGUGCACUGAAGCGAAAAAGGAACAUGAUCAACAGCUCAAACAAGAACUUUUAUUCUCCGCCUUCGCUUCCCCAUUGCCAAAGUGUGUGAGAUACGAGAAUGGAGAUCUCUACGCGCCAACAUCAUAA